CAUCCUUUCUCAUUCUCAACCGAGAGAAACCAGAGAACAGAGCACACGCGGAGCUCUCGACCCAAAAUUUCAAAGCUCAAAUUCUUGAGCCCUAGUGAUCCAAAAAUCCCGAAUUUCUUGAAUUCCCGAUAAGCCAAAUUAGGGUUUCGGAGUAUCCGGAAGCCGGAUUGAGCCCAAAUUUCAUAUACGAGCUUCCUGCAGCGAGGGGAUAUUAGGGCGGUCUCGGAUUUUAAUUCGGGGUUCGUUCGUGAAAUUGACGUUUUAGUACGGGAAGGUUAAACCGGUGUUUGAACGAC